UAAAAAGUAAAAGAGAUAGUAAACCUUCAUCAGAAUGUAUUUGUGUUUUCUCCGUGUCGACGGUACGGACAGACUGAUGUAGACGGACAGUUAGGAAGAGAGAAGUCAUAAUGGGGAACUGUCCGUGUAAGAAAAAGACGAAACAGUCGAAAAAGUCAGAAAAGUCGAAAAAGUUGAAAAAGUUGAAAAAACCUCAACAAGUUGAGGAAGAGAGAAUAAGUCUUAGGACUUGUGAAGAUAAACUUCAGCAGACAAAAGAUGCCCUCGAACAGAAAGAACAGGAGCUUGAAUCAGCUAAUGAAAGACUGACUGAGGAAAGGGAUAAUCAUGAAAAGGAAAUCCAGGAGAUCAGGUCAACUUUAAGACAAAAAGAAGAAGAAGUGGAAUCAGCCAGUAAAAUGCUGACUGAAACGACAAAAUUACAAGAAAAGGAGCUCAAUGAAGUGAAAUCAAACUUUAAACAAAAUAAAGAGAAACUGGAAUCAGAGAUUAAAAGACUGACUGAGACAGAGACUUCUCAUGAAAAAGAUCUCCAUAAAGUGAAAUCUGACCUAAGACAGAAAGAAGAAGAACUAAAAUCAGUCAAUAAAAGGCUGGAAUCACAUGACAAUGAGCUCCAGAUGAUGAGGGAAAAGGAAAAAGAAUUGAAGUCAGUCAAUCAAAGUUUGACUGAAACAAAGACGUCACUUGAAAAUCAGCUCCAGCAAGUAAAGUCAAACUUUAAACAAAAAGAAAAAGAACUGGAAUCAGAGAUUAAAAGACUGACUGAGACAGAGACUUCUCAUGAAAAAGAUCUCCAUAAAGUGAAAUCUGACCUAAAACAGAAAGAACUGAAAUCAGUCAGAAAAAGGCUGGAAUCACAUGACAAUGAGCUCCAGAUGUUGAGAUCUGCACUGAAACAGAAAGAAGAACUAGAAUUAGUUAAUAAAAGACUGGCUGAAACAGAGAUUACUCAUGAAAAGGAGAUCCAGAUGAUGAGGGAAAAGGAAGGAGAAUUGAAGUCAGCCAAUCAAAGUCUGACUGAAACAAAGACAUCACUAGAAAAUGAGCUCCAUCAAAAGAAACUACCUGAAAUACAAAGUUCUCAUGUAGCUGAGUUACAGCAGAUUAGCCUCACUGUAGAAAAUAUUUCUCUGGAAGCAGAUCUUUGUGAUGUGAGAUCUAAUUUAAGACAGAAAGAAGAUGAACUGAUAUCAGUCAAUGAAAGACUGGAGUCACAGGAAAAUGAGCUCCAGAUUAUGAGGGAAAAGGAAAAAGAAUUGAAGUCAGUCAAUCAAAGACUGGCUGAGGCAAAAACAUCCCAUGACAAUGAGAUCCAGAAGAUGAGAUCUGCUUUAGUAAAGAAGGAAGAAGAACUGAAAUCAGUCAAUGAAAGCCUGGAAUCACAUGACAAUGAGCUCCAGAUGAUGAGAUCUGCACUGAAACAGAAAGAAGAUGAACUAGAAUCAGUUAAUAAAAGAUUGGCUGAAACAGAGAUUACUCAUGAAAAGGAGAUCCAGAUGAUGAGCAGGGAAAAAGAAAAAGAACUGGAGUCAGUUAUUCAAAGAAUGAGUCAAACAAAGACAUCACUAGAAAAUGAGCUGCAUGAAGUGAAGUCUAACCACAAACAAAAAGAAAAUGAACUACAAUCAAUUAUUAAAAGACUGACUGAGACAGAAACUUCUCAUAAAAAAGAGCUCCAUAAAGUGAAAUAUGACCUUAAACAAAAAGAAAAAGAUCUGGCAUCAGUUUCUAACAGACUGGCUGAAACACAGACUGCUUAUGAAAAUGAGCUCCAUGAGAUGAAAUCUGCUUUAAGAGAAAAUGAAGAACUAAAAUCAGAGAUUAAAAGUCUGACUGAAACAAAGACAUCACUAGAAAAUCAGCUCCAGCAAGUAAAGUCGAACCUUAAACAAAAAGAAGAAGAACUGGAAUCAGAGAAUAAAAGAUCUGCUUUAAGAGAAAAUGAAGAACUAAAAUCAGAGAUUAAAAGACUGACUGAGAGAGAAACUUCUCACAAAAAGGAGAUCCAGGAGAUGAGGAAAAACGUAGAACUGGAGACAAUCGAUAAAAGAUCAAUUUUAGAACAAAAGGAGGAAGAAGUGAGAUCACUAAAUCAAAGUUUGACAGACAUGGAGAAAAAACUCAUUGUGACAGAAACCUCUCUGAAACGAAAACAGCAAGAAUUCACUUCCUUCAAAGACAGAAUGGCAGGACAGUUAUUUGUUUCCAAACCUGCUGCAGAAGCUGAAGACCUUCACAAGCAGAAAUUAGAGGAAACAAUAUCUGCUCUAAGAAACAAAGAAGAAGAAUUUAAAUCAUUGAAGGAAAGGCUUACCAAAACAAAGGCAUCACAUGAAAAUGAUCUUUAUCAUAUGAGAUCUGAACUGAAACAAAAAGAGGAAGAAGUGAAAUCCCUCAAACAGAGACUGCAGGAAUCAGCAGAUGUGAGAUCCAGCCCCCAGCGUUGUAACCCACAAGGAUGUGAACACAAAGAAAGUAUGACUCAGAUGGAGACGUUUUACAAAGAGAAGCUCACAAAGGCCCAAUCUGAAACAGCCAAAAAACAAAAAGAACUGAAAUCAGUCAAAGACAGACUGGCAACACAGAUGGCCGCUUCACUAAAAACAGGAGACACUGAGAGCAUGAACAACCCGGUCAGUAAAACCAGACUGACUGAGAUGUACGACAACCUGAAACUGCUGCAGUGGCCAAAAGUCAAAGAUCAGCUGAAGUCCAGGAAGAUCAACCCAAAGGAGGCCAAAGAUCUGAUUCAGAAAACAUUUGGAAAUGCAUCAGAUAAAAUGAAGAGAAGGAAGCAGCAGAUAGAAGAGAUGUUCCAACAGUCUGAGUCCAGCGGUGGACUGACUCCUCAGAAGGUUAAAGAGUACAGACAGCUCACAGUUCAGAACCUGCAGAUGGUUCUGUUCCACACCAACAAAGAAGAACUUCUGAAGACUGGUUUCCCAGAAUGUUUAGGUGAAUUUCCAGAGGAAGUGAAGGUGGAUCUGAGACCUCUGACCUCUGAAUGCUACUGGCUGAGCUGCUUGAUGGCUCUAAACAAUCCUCCUCUUCAGCCGGACUGGAAGAACCAUGUUCCUGGAUUUGACUCCUGGGAUAUUUUUCCUCGAGAAAUCAAACCACCUGUCAUGUAGAAGAAGCAGAUGCAGAAAUGAGGAAAACAGAUUCUGACAUCACUUCUUGUUUCUUAAUUUUUAUAUUAAGGGUAUUUGUUCAUUUGUGGGAUUUCCUUUGUAUAACAAUAUGACAAAUAGAAAAAAAAAGGGGAAUUCUUUCUACUUUUAAGCUGGAGUUCUUACCGGGAAACAUAGCUGCUGUAUUUUAAUACCUGGAGUUUUUUUUCUAUAUCUUUAUUUUUUUCUACACUCUGAAAAAAAUCCAUUGAAGAUUCUUAGAAAACACAAAUCAUGUUAACGUAUAUAUUAGCCUUCAAAUGCAUCUUCUGCAUAGAGUUUGGUUUUGUAGUGUGAAAUGUUUGUGAAAGUGAGUUGAAUUAUGUCCAAGUCAAGGUACCAAUCCACGACCAGAGAGAUGCUGGAAAUCAACAAACAAAAUCCCUCUGGAUGGUUAUUGUUCCUGCAGUCACAGCAAUAUUUUUUUAAGAUUGUCUGUAGAUGUUGACUUCAGAGAUCUAAUCCAAUUCUUCCAAACAAAUACCUCUUACAUAAAUGUCAUCAUCAUCAAUUUUAUUUUCAUUUUAAUGAAAAGCAGCUGCAUGGAGAUGGAUUGGUUGCCACUUCUGCCUUGGAGGAAGAAGAUCCUGGGUUUCACUCACAUGUUAUCCCGUUCCUUAUUGGAGUUCUGUCCAGGUCCAAAAACAUGAUUUCUAUGGAUGAAUAAAAAAGAAUCAAUAUCUGGAUUUGUAGUUUAGUCUCUUAACAGAAGUCCUACAUAUAGAACAAUAUGAAAAUGUAGGUUGUCCCUGAUUCUGAAUGAACAAAACAUGUGGAUGAGCUUCCAUUCAGAUAUUUCACACUUUUCUAUUCCUUUAGUAGGCAAGCAAUUCUCAGGAAGCUACAGUCACAGCUUGUUGCCACCAGAGGUCACUGUCAAACCAAAGAUUCAGUCAUUUCUCAGGUCCGUGACCUUUAGAUACUGCGAGUCCGCAGCAUCUAAAGGUCAACCAGCGACCUGCUUUAACAUCUGAGCAGCAGAAAUCUGGUUCAGAGGCUUUAAUAUCAGGAGACGUGUUUCUGCUGCUGACAUGGUCAUCACAUCAUAGGAAGGAAAUUAUUGAUACUUUCAAAAUAAAAUUCAUUACAAAAUUA